GAAAUUGUUUGAUAUACAAAACUAGAAUUAUGCCGAAUAAUUUACAUUAUAUACAAAUAUUUUGUCAUGCUUUUAACUAUAAUUUUAGUACUUACUAAUAUUUUUUACGGGAUUUUCAUUAUUUAUUUUAGUCAUUUGACGUUGGCGGAUGAUUUUGGAAGACAUUUUAAUACAAUUUAAGCAAUACCGACUUUCAGAAAACUAAUUAACAAUGAAAUUUAAAUUUUGCUACAACGAGCACAACGUGUUAUGUUAUAAAACUUCCAGAGUUUGAGUCAAAAUGACAAAAUUUCUGUCACAGUUAUAACAAGAUUAUAGAAUUACCCAAUGAUGAAAAUAAUUUAAUAGAUAAAUGACUUUAUCAUAAUAUUUAAUCAUAAAAGUAUUUAUAAAAAUAAAAAUAAGCAAUAGAACAAUGGAAUUAAACAAACGGAAAAUCCACUAUAGUCUACACAAUAUUAAUAUUUCUAUUUCAAUUUAACGGAAAAAUAAUAUAAUACAAUAUUAAUUGAUAAAACCAUUGAAUAAAUAAAGAUAACAAAAGUGACUAGAUAAAAUAAGAUUAUAUUACAGUGUGAUCACGAUUUAAGAUAUAAGAUAUACCUUAAAUAAUAUGUCAGUGUGAUCAAUACAUUUAUGUUAAAUAUUUUUGAUAUAUAGAGAAAUAUAUUGUUAUCAAUUCAUCAUCACAACCAUGACCAAGUAAUAUUAUCAAUAAAUAUUAAAAGGUUUAUUUUGUCAUGUAUACAAUAAUAUUUAUUAUUUUAAUAUAAUUUAGGUAUAUGUGAUCACAAAUUCACAACUCACAAGAUUGAAUAAACUAUCUAUACUCUUAAUUUAAUUUAAUUUGAUUUAAUUUAUGUGCGAUAAAAAUUUUAAAACUCAAAACUCAAUUAUCAUUCAACUAAAUUAAAUUAAACUUUUUCUAAAAAUUAUUGAAUACAACUUAUUUUUCUAUCUAUGCCUAAUACAUUUACUAUUGUCUUAUGAAUUAAGAUCUAAGACAUUGUAUAAAAUAAUUUAUUUCUAGUAUAUUAUGAUUUAGUAUCAAAAUAUAAAUUCAUCAUAUUAUAGAAAUGGAUAAUUCCAAAAUGAAAUACGAGGUAACUAGUAUUAUAUUAAAAUUCCUAGUAAACAUUUCUAAAGAAUCAUUAACUUUAUUCUUGUUGUUAAAUUUUCAAAUUUAUAUAUUAUGAAUUCUAUAUAAAUAUAUUUAAUGUACAUGUUUUUAAUGUAAUAUUUAUUCAAUUUGUUUUAAAUUUAUUUAUUAAAAUACUUAAAACUUUGUUUUUGUUAAAAUAUUAUAAUUUUACAAAGGUACCUGGUGGAAUAACCUCACUAAUGCCAAACAUUUCUGCUGACUUAUUGAGUUAUAUAAAUUGCAUAGAAAGUUUGCCAAUUUAUAAAGGUGAAACAACCCUCCCACCUAGAGAUAUUAAUUUGAUGUCAUUAUACGCCGAUAGUAAUUUUAACUUCCUACCGACUUGUUUUGUUGUAAGUAAUUUAUUACUUAUGAUUUUUUCCAAAAUAUUUUUAUUAAACAAUGGUUUUAUUAUAGCCUGAAAGAGAUCCUAAGACUGGUGAAAUUAUAAGUUAUGAAGAAGUCAUUAACAAUCCAACUACACAAAAUGAUGAUGAUUUAAUACCUUGUUUAAAACCAAUAAACAAUCAAAAUAUCAGCACCCAAUUUGAAAAUAAUGCAUCUCUCUUUGAAUUUGAUCCUAGUAAUAUAAAUUUCAAAAAAUUAAACAUUUAUUUAAUUAUUAAUAUAUCUGUUAUUGUUAUUUUUUUAAUUUAGAUGAUUUACCAAUAGCCCCUGGAAUGUCAAACAAGUUGAAAAUAAACCAAAAUGAUCAAAACGUAACAUUAAACAUUAGCACACCUACAACAAAAUUAGAAGAUGAAUGGGCUGAAGAUGUGGGCGGAUUUUGGGAUGAUGAAAUACCAGAAAUAGAAACCCUUCCAGAUAUUAUACCAGAACCAAUUUCUGUAGAUGAAAUUAAACAUAUUAAAGUAAUUAUUAGUUAUUGAUAAGUUUUACUUUUAACAUAGGUAAUAUUUUAUUUUAUUUUUAACAGAAAGAUGAAAACUUUGUAUUGAAAAUUUCUGGAAAUUCAGAAAGAGCUCUUGUAAAAUCUAAAUGGGUUGAAGAAUUAGAUAUUUCAAAACCAAUACAUAACUUUGAUGAGUUAUUACCUGAUCCUGCAUAUAAAUGGGAAUUUGAAUUGGAUACAUUUCAAAAACAAGUAAAUACAUUUUUAAUCUUAUUUUUCACAUUUUUAAUAUUUUCUUUAAAUAUAUACAUGCAUACCUAUAUAUAUAAACCUAAACAAAUAUUUGACUUUUAAAGGCAAUUCUUAAAUUGGAAGAAAAAUCUAGUGUAUUCGUAGCAGCUCACACUUCUGCAGGUAAAACUGUGAUUGCAGAAUACGCUAUAGCACUAGCUAAAAAACAUCAGUUGAGGUAUUUCAUUUUUAAAUGAUCCUUGUAUUUUUUUUUGCAUACUAGUAAAUAUUGAAGAAAUUUAAAAUUAUAUUUGUAACUAUCACUGUAUUUAUUGUAAAUAACUUUUAUACCAAUAAUAAUUAAAUAUUAUAUAUUAUAAAUUUAGACGUUUUCUGCAGAGUGUAGAAGCACUAUUAGAUUUAAAUGACAUUUAAUAUCAUAAACUGAUUUCAUUAAACAAAUAUUUUUUUUAGAUAAGUUUUACAUUUUAGUUUAUUAUAUAUUAAUACAAAAUAAAAUAUCGUACAAUCAUAAUAUAUUUAAAACUAUUUAUUUAGGUGCAUAUACACAUCUCCAAUAAAAGCUUUAUCCAAUCAAAAAUUUCGAGAUUUUAAAAAGAAAUUUGCAGAUGUCGGUCUUAUAACUGGAGAUUUUCAAGUGAAACCAGAAGCACAGUGUCUAAUUGUCACAACAGAAAUAUUAUGUUCAAUGCUAUACAGUGAUUCAGAAAAAAUUAAAGAAACAGAAUUUGUUAUUCUUGAUGAAGUUCAUUAUGUUAACGACAGAGAUGUGAGUAAGCCAAUAAAAUGUAUACAUUUAUAUUUUUGUAUUAUACUCUUUCUUAGUACAUAUAUUUAUAAACAAAUAACAUAAAGCCAUAUUAGUCUUCUUCAAAAAAUAAAAUAAAUACUAGUUUUAGGAUUGAUAAUGAGACUGUUUAUAAAUAUCCAACCUCAAACUUUUAUUAAAUUAUUAUAUUAUACUUUGGUACGUCCAAUCUUGAAAUAUUUAACUGAGACCCACAUAUCUGAAGACUUCAAUUUUUGUACAAAUAAUUAUAACCUAAAAUAAGGUCCUUCUUAGAAGAACACUUAGAAGGAGUCUAACAUAUAUUUAUUGAAAUUUGUUAGGUUUUCUCUAAAAAUAAACUCUUGUAAAACAUGAUUACAUGCCUAUCACAUGCCAGCUUAAUCUUUCUUCACUGGUAGACCAUCAACUUUAUGUGAACAAAAAAUUUUAAAACAUGUAUAACCGAACUCUACUCAGAACCAUUUUUCAUUAGUAAUUAUUAAUCGCUGUGUACACUAAAUUUCUCUUUAUUCUACCUUUCCAACUUCUCACUAACAGUGGCCCACCUAUCGUGUGAAGUAUGUCCAUCUUUUUUUUAUUUUGUUUUAAUAUUAUUAAUUAAAAUAUAAUUUUCCUAUGGAUUAAGAUAAAACAGAUGAUAAUAAUAAUAAUUGUAUUGUUUGGAUGCAUAUUUCAUUAUUUUUAAUUAUUAAUAAAAGUCUUAAUCCAUAAUUAUAAUAUAAACUGUUUAUUAAAAUAAUAAUGAAAUUAUAUUUUGUUAAUAGAGAGGUCAUAUAUGGGAACAAAUUUUAAUUAUGCUUCCUAAACGUGUAAAAUUAGUUAUGCUGAGUGCUACUGUAACAAAUGUCAUUGAAUUUGGUAACUGGAUUGGACGUACUCGCAACUCUAAAAUUUAUGUUGUGUUUACUCUCUAUCGACCAGUUCCUCUUGAACAUUAUCUUUAUGUUGGCUCAAAUACAUCUUUGGAAAUGAAAAACAACAUGCAUCUAAUUCGAAAAUCAGACAGUGGAUUUCUUAUGCAAGGGUGUGUAUAUUUUUGAUAAAUUUAAAUUUAAUUAAACAGACUUGCUAGUUUGCUACACAACCUGGAAAACCUAGAAAUCAGAGAAUUUUAAAUUUGUUAUGAAAAUUUAAUAAAAUAAAAAAAUAUAUUUAGAGUAUCAAAUCAUUGUUGUAGAUACAUAUAACUAUGUAUAGUGUUCUAUCAAACUUUAUUAAUUGAAAAAAAUUUGUCUUACCAUAUUAAUAAUAAACAAAUUUGUGUAUUAAAAGCUUUAAUUUAUUGUUUUACGCUACACAAAUUCUGCACAAUAUAGAGUAGAGCUACAGUUGAGUAGUCAAUAUGUUCAUGUUGGAUAAUAAAUAUUUUAUUAGGUUCUCUAACUGUUAAUUAUUGUCAAUCUACCGUGACUUAUAAUUUUUCUUCACCCAACUUCAACCCAACUAUUUGGGGUCGACCACCCUUGUUUUAAACUUUUACUUGACCAGAUAUCCCAUUUAGCAUACACCAGCUAUCCUUAUAUUAUUCCUAAUUACUAACCUAAUCUAUUUCCUCCUACGUUUAUUUUUAUUACAAUGCCUAAGGCAUCAAAUUCUCUCUCCCCAUGACAUGCUCAAACAAUCUCGUUAAAAUACCUCUUAUGCACUUAUCCCCUUGUAAUCUUCUCUUGGCGCUCCACUUGUCCACAUAAGUAUUUUUAUUAUUAUUAUAUCAUAUUGUUUUCCUGAUCUAUACUCCAAAACAUACAACAUAGUCAAUCUUACCACACGUCUUGUAAAACUUAACUUUUAAGUCUCAUUGGAGUUCCAUUGUCACAUAAAACACUUGACAUUUCUCUCCAUUUUAUCCAACUACACGUAAUCCUAUGUAUCAGAUGCUCAUAAAAUCCACUAUUAUUUUUACAAAAGAUCCUAAGUAUUUAAAAUUCUCAACCACACCUAUAACUGUUUAUUUCCAUUAGCUAUUUUGACGUGUUCUUCCAAACUCAUACUCUGUUUUACUUUUACUUAUCCUUUAUCUUUUUCCAGAUUUUCUUUUAUCAAAGCUAUAUCAUCUGCAAAAUAUCAUGUACUGUGUUACCUUCUCUCAUCUAUUGUCCCCAUGCACAUCUGAGAUCGGAAAAUCUACCAGUCCUAUUUAGAAUUCCUGUUUAACUACUGUUUAAUAGAAUUUAACAUUGGCUGUCAAGUAGAUGCAACCCCAUUUGUGACCUCUUAUAAGUUAUAACAGGUAAAAGUACUGUGGAAAUAUUGAUCCUCUCACACACGAGACUUUAACUAAUAAUUAUUAAAUAUAUUAUUACUUUGGAAAAUCAAGGAAUUUUGAAAUCUUACAUUUGUAGCAACCCUGUUAAAUAAUCUAAUGUUCAUAAUUAAUUUUAAAUAUUAAAUUUGGUUAUUUAAAUAUAUUUAUAGGUAUAAAAAAGCUUCAGACCAAUUUAAAGCAAAUCAAGAUGGAAAAAAAUAUCAAAAUAUUAAAGACCAAAAACCAAAAUGGAUCAAUUUUCUUAGAUUUCUUGAUAAGAAUAGUUUAUUUCCAGUAGUUGUUUUCAUUUUAUCCAGAAAAAAAUGUGAUAUGAUGGCAGAAUCUUUAAAGAAUUCUGUCAAUUUUUUAUUAAAUAACAAAGAAUCGCAAGCAAAUGAAUACUUUUUCAAUGACGCUAUAAAAAAAUUAAAACCUGAAGAUAGGGCAUUGCCUCAAGUAAAUAUCCUUGUGUUUAGUUAUUAUUCUAAUUAAUAUGACAUUAAUAUUUAGGUAGUUUUGAUGAAAGAAUUACUAUGUCAAGGUAUCGCAGUUCACCAUAGUGGCAUUUUACCGAUAUUAAAAGAGAUUGUUGAAAUGCAAUUUCAAAAAAGUUUGGUUAAGGUAAUUCAAAUUUAAAAAAUAAUUAAUCAGUUUUGUAUUAAUCACACUCUAAAUUAUUUUACAGUGUCUUUUUGCAACAGAAACAUUUGCAAUAGGUAUUAAUAUGCCAGCAAGAACAGUGGUAUUUGAUGCUAUUAGCAAAUUUGAUGGCAUAGAAAAACGAAAUUUGGCACCAGCAGAGUAUACUCAAAUGGCAGGACGUGCGGGUCGUCGAGGCCACGAUCCUAGUGGUACAGUGAUAAUUAUGGCAACUGAACAACUACCUCACGACAGAGAAUUAACAAAUAUGAUGCUAGGUUGAUAAUACUACACAUUCUUAUUAAUAUUAUACACAUUUUAGACCCCUUUUUUUUGUUUUAGGUAAAUCCGCAAAAUUAGAAUCUCAAUUCAAAGUCAGUUAUUCCAUUAUAUUAAACAUGUUUAAAAAAAAAAACUCUGAUACUCUGGAAGACAUUUUGAGUAAUAGCUUUAUUGAAGCUGAUAGAGCUAAGAAAAAAGAUGAAUAUAUUGAAGAAUUGAAUUCUUUAAAAGAAGUAGAUGCAAAUGAUUAUUGGCAACCAACUAGCCAGCAAGAACUUAUUGUAAAAGAAUUCUAUAUGGCUGCUAAAGAGUAUUUAGACUGCAGAAAUGAAGACUGGGUAAUUAAAUUAUAAAAAAAAUACUUAUUAGUAUCAAAAGUUGUUUUUACUUUUAAAUAAAUCAAAAAUAUACCUUAACCUAAAUUGUAUAUUUAAUUAGUUUAGUUUAAUAUUAAUUAUACAAUUUAUAAUUGAGUUAAAUAAUUUAUAUUAAUAUUAUAAAUUAAUGGCAUAUUUUUCGAUUUUCAAAAUACAAAACUCUUUUAGCUCGUUUAGCUCUAAGGGAUCUAGUACCUCCACCCUCUGUAAAUAAACCACUAGUACACAUUUAUUAAAAACUACUAUUUUUUUACUUUUUAAUUAUAUAUUUCCUAUGUAAUAAAUGUAUAAGUUAUGCAUAUAUUAUAACAAAUUCUAUAGUAUCAAUUGUAUAAUUAAUAGAUAUUUUUUAAUAAUUUAUAACUACCUGCAUUGUUAACUGGUUUACCGGUUGCACUAUUCUUUUUUGUGAUAAGUUUAUAAAUUAGUAAACAAAGGUAAUAAGUAGUAUUUUAAAUUGUAAGUAUUAGUUAACCAUUUUAGUGUACAAUAAAACAUUUUAACACUACAUAUUUCUUAAGUAUUCAAAUAUUAAAUUUAGGAUAAAAUGUUAGCAGCAAGUGAUAAAAGUUUUAGUGAAAAUGGCAGAUUUGUUAUUAUUGCACACCAACAGUAUAUUGGUAAUUUAGCUAUUAUAUUAUCAAGCAAUGCAAAAAAAAUUCCAAAGGAAUUUCGGUAAAAUUAAUUAUUUAUUAUAUUAUAGCCUAUGAAUAUGUUGUCCUUUAUAAUUUGUUUUCUAUAUUUCAGUGUAUUAUUAUUAGACAAUGAUAACAUGAAAAAUGAAUUAUCUGGUAAGAAAAUGGAUUCUUGGUCUAAAUGUAUCUAUUUAUCUCAAAAAAGAAGAGAAAUAAAUAAAUCAUUAGAUGUUAUCUCGAAUAAUGCGCAUACAAUUUUAACUAUACCUUCAAACUCAAUUAUGGCGAUUACAAAAUUUUCUGGAAAUUUUGAUAGUGAUUCUAUUAUCAAAAAUUGGGAAAUGCGACAAAAUGAGCGUUUUAAGUAAGUUAAACAUAAUCAUAUAUACCUAAGUAUUUUUACUCGUAUAUAAUACUUUAUAUUAUAAAUAGAGUUAUUAUACGUGUUGGCAAGGUCUAAGAAUUUAAUUUCUAUUUACAACAAUCUGUUGACAUGCAAAAAAUGUAAAAUAUUUUAAAUUUUAACAACUAUUUAGACAUGCCGCUAUUUCAAGCCACUGUCAGCGAGCUAUUACAAUGCUAUCAGAAAAAACAUUAUUAUUAAAUCGAUCAGAAGUAGCUGAUUCAAUAAUAAGUUUGUUUGAUCUUCAGAUCAAUCAUUUUGAAUUACACAGAAAUAUGUUGCAUUUGCAUGCAUUAGAAAAUCAACUGUACAAUAUAGAUUUGUCAGAUGUUAUUGCUUUUGAAGAAGUGGUAAGUAUGUGUUUUAUAGCAAAUGCAUUAUUGUUCUAAACAGAAAAAUAUAUUUUUAUAAUUAUUUUUCUUCAGUGUUAUUAAAACGAAAUAAAUAUUAAAUAUUUUUAUAAAAAGUUUUACCUAAGGAAUUAAAUAAUUUACUUUAUAUCAUGUGUGUAUGAAAUAUGUUAAUAUUUAAUGAAAAUUGAUUUCAUUUAAAUUAUUUGAAUAAUUAUUCUUGCCUGCAAUUUAUUAGAUCACAAAACCAAAAUUAGUUUAAAAAUUAAAUAUAUUGAAACUACACUUCAUAACUUUAAACAUUCUGUCAUUAUUGAAUGAUUUUAGUUCUUGAAAUUUUAUGAAUAUCAAACAAGAAAAGAAAGAAUAGCAGAAUUAGAACACCAAAUAUCAAAUAAAGCAUUGCAAUUAUACAAUGAAUACAUAACCAAAGUAGGAGUUCUUAAAGAACUAAAAUAUAUAAAUCCAAGAAAUGAAAUAAGUAAAUAAUCAUUAUUACUUAGUAUAUAAAUGUAUAAUAUAUGAUAUUUGUUUAAUUUUAGCAACCCAAAAGGGAAAUGUUGCUGCAACUAUGGGGUCACAUGAACUUUUAAUCACGGAAUUACUUCUAUGUAAUAUGUUUGAAGAAAUGAAACCAGAAGAAAUUGCUGCGGUUCUAUCAUGUUUAGUUUGUGAGUCAAAAUCUGACUUUGAUUUGGAAUCCAUUAAAGAUAAGAAUUUAGUAAAGGUAUGAUUGAAAUAAAUUUGUUUACUUAUGUUAAAACGUAGUUAAAAAACACAAAUCUAUAACUAAAAUUAAUGUAAUCUUAGGGAAUGAAUUUAAUUAAACAAAAACAUAAUUACAUUCAGUCAGUUGAAUCCUGCUAUUUGAGCAACUAUGAACGUGUUGAUCUUAACUUUAAUCUAGUUAAAGUUCUACAUUUAUGGGCUCAAGAAAAGGUAACAUACUAAAUGAAUAUAAACCUAAUAUUGAAACUGUACCCAUCUGUAUCACAUUUUUUUACCAUUAUUAAUUAAUGAAAUAAUCAUACACAUUUUUUUUAGCCUUUUUCUGAAAUAAUGGAAAUAACAGACAUUCAAGAAGGAAUUAUAGUACGAUGUAUAGUUCAAUUGAAUGAAAUUUUAACAGUAAUUAAAAAUGCGGCAAAAACAAUUGGUACUAAUAAAAUCAGUGAAAAAAUGCAAGAAGUUCUUGAAAAAAUUAAAAGAGAUAUUGUAUUUACUCCUUCUUUAUAUAUGGAAUAAUUUUUAGUUGGAAAAAAAUAUGAAUAAAAUAUAUUACCUAUAAUAAUUAACAAAAUA